GGUAGGGGCACCGGCCCCUCUGCGCCCAGAGUCCGGGAAGCCGCCUCCGGGGUGGGACCAGAAGCGUCCGAGAAGGUCCAGAGAAGGCGGAGAGCCGGACCCGGGAGGAAGGCGGGUAAGCCGGCAGCCCGAGCAGCAGCAGCGGCAGCCCCGGGGCUCUGCCUGUCCCCGCCCAGGGGAGCCUCCAACUAACUCCGCCCGCCGUCGCAGCCGCCGCUGCCGCCGCCGCCGCCAGGAGGGUCCAGUGUCCGUCCCGGGCUGGCGCCCCGCCGGGGCCGGGCCGUCCAGGUGAUCCAGCUUUUUCCAGUAAUUAAUCAAGUGUUAACUACCUGUCAGCCCAGGAACAAGUGAAAGGAGUGGCGGGUGGAAGGGCAACAGAGGGAGUUUAGGUGACUUGAAGCUUGGAAAAGACCAGAAAGAGAUGACAACAUCUGCCCAGGGUUCCGAAUGAUGAAUGACGUUGGUUUGUGUGAUAUCCCUCACAGCCUCUGUUACUGUGGAUUGAUAAGUCACCUGCCGGUCUAAACCGAACACCAGAGCCAAAAGCUUCAGAGGGGGAAAACAUCAGGACUGCCUCUUUGCUUCUGUUUCUUGACUGGAGAAAAGUACAGCGUAACCUCGCUGUGAAAGAUUUCUUCCAACAGAUUUUUUUGCAGCUAAUGAUAAGAAACAACAUAGCAUCGUCCACCUUCCUGAUAUAUCGUGCAUCACCUUCCAAGACAGAUGGUUUGUCCAGCGCUGUGGGGGAUGCCUGCAGAGCACACGAUAAUGAAGUAGUGAAUUGAUACAGCCACUGCUGCCUAAUUGUUGGGAUCACACCCGAUAGAGCUGCUCUGCCCUUUUUUCUACUGGUCUAAUCGGGCCAGGAACAGCAGGGUGGACAUGGCUGGCCUCGUUAAUAACCUGCUAAUACUGUUCCUUGUUUUUCAAAACAGCUGUUUGGGUUUUAGAAGCCCACUGUCUGUCUUUAAGAGGUAUAAAGAAACUACUAGAUCAUUUCCCAAUGAAUGCCUUGGUACCAGCAGGCCAGUAAUCCCUAUUGAUUCAUCAGAUUUUGCAUUGGACAUCCGCAUGCCUGGGGUUACACCAAAGCAGUCUGAUACCUACCUCUGCAUGUCAUUACGUCUGCCAGUGGAUGAGGAAGCCUUCGUAAUUGAUUUCAAACCUCGUGCCAGCAUGGAUACUGUCCAUCACAUGCUACUGUUUGGAUGUAACAUGCCUUCUUCCACUGAAAGUUAUUGGGAUUGUGAUGAAGGAACCUGCUCAGACAAAGUCAAUAUUUUAUAUGCCUGGGCAAGGAAUGCUCCCCCCACCAGACUCCCUAAAGGUGUUGGAUUCAGAGUUGGAGGAGCAAUGGGAAGUAAAUAUUUUGUGCUACAAGUACAUUAUGGGGAUAUCAGUGCUUUUAGAGAUAACCACAAGGAUUGUUCUGGUGUGACCUUGCACCUGACACGUCUACAGCAACCUUUAAUUGCUGGCAUGUAUCUUAUGAUGUCUGUGGAUACUGUCAUACCACCAGGGGAGAAAGUGGUCAAUGCAGAUGUCUCAUGCCAUUACAAAAAAUAUCCAAUGCACCUCUUUGCAUAUAGAGUUCACACUCACCACUUGGGUAAAGUAGUAAGUGGAUACAGAGUAAGGAAUGGACAAUGGACGUUAAUAGGGCGACAAAGUCCUCAGUUGCCACAGGCUUUUUAUCCUGUGGAACACCCAGUAGAUGUUAGCUUUGGUGAUAUUUUAGCAGCAAGGUGUGUAUUUAGUGGUGAAGGAAGAACUGAAGACACACAUAUUGGAGGCACAUCUAGUGAUGAAAUGUGUAAUUUAUACAUUAUGUAUUACAUGGAAGCAAAGCAUGCUGUCUCUUUUAUGACCUGUACACAGAAUGUAGAUCCAGCGAUGUUCAAAACCAUACCACCAGAGGCUAAUAUUCCCAUACCAGUAAAAUCUGAUAUGGUAAUGAUGCAUGGACAUCACAAAGGGCCAGAGAGUAAAGACCAUUCUCCUUUACUACAGCAGCCAAAACGAGAAGAAGAAGAAGUAUUAGAUCAGGGUGAUUUCUAUUCCCUCAUUUCCAAGCUGCUAGGAGAAAGGGAAGAUGUUGUUCAUGUGCAUAAGUAUAAUCCUACAGAAAAGGCAGAAUCAGAUCUGGUAGCUGAAAUUGCUAAUGUAGUACAAAAGAAGGACCUUGAUUGGUCUGGUCCCAGAGAGGAAGCUGACCAUAAUGUGAGGGGCAAUACUAUUCUUGUCAGAGACAGAAUUCACAAAUUCCACAGACUAGAAUCUACCCUGAAACCACAAGAGACCAGACCUUUCUCAUUACAGCAGCCCCCACGUGAGGAGGGUACCCAGGAAACAGAACACACAGGAGAUUUCCAUGUAGAAGAGGCACUGGAUUGGCCUGGCGUAUACCUCCUUCCAGGACAGGUUUCUGGGGUGGCCCUGGACUCCAGUAACAACCUGGUUAUUUUCCAUAGAGGUGAUCACGUUUGGGAUGGAAAUUCAUUUGACAGCAAAUUUGUUUACCAGCAAAGAGGACUUGGACCAAUUGAAGAGGAUACUAUUCUUGUGAUAGACCCAAAUAAUGCUGCAGUGCUUCGGUCUACUGGGAAAAAUUUGUUUUACUUGCCACAUGGUUUGAGUAUAGAUAAAGAUGGAAAUUACUGGGUCACAGAUGUAGCACUUCAUCAGGUAUUCAAACUAGAUCCAAAUAGCAAAGGAAGCCCUCUCCUUAUUUUGGGAAGAAGCAUGCAGCCAGGCAGUGACAAAAAUCACUUUUGUCAGCCCACCGAUGUGGCUGUAGAUCCAGUUACUGGAACCAUAUAUGUGUCUGAUGGGUACUGCAAUAGUCGGAUUGUACAAUUCUCCAAGAAUGGAGUGUUUAUCUCACAGUGGGGAGAAGAGUCUUCAGGGAACAAUCCUAAACCAGGCCACUUCCAAGUUCCUCACAGCUUGACCCUUGUGCCUCAUUUUGGCCAGCUGUGUGUGGCAGAUAGAGAAAAUGGUCGUAUUCAGUGUUUUAAAAUGGAAACCAAAGAAUUUGUGCGAGAGAUCAAGCAUCCAGCAUUUGGAAGAAAUGUAUUUGCAAUUUCAUAUAUACCAGGUUUGCUCUUUGCAGUGAAUGGAAAACCUCACUUUGGAGAUAAACAGUCAUUGCAAGGAUUUGUAAUGAACUUUUCCAGUGGGGAAAUUAUAGAUACCUUCACUCCAGUGAGAAAGCAUUUUGACAUGCCCCAUGACCUUGUCGCCUCAGAAGAUGGAACAGUGUAUGUGGGAGAUGCUCAUGCAAACACUGUAUGGAAGUUCACCACCACCGAAAAAAUGGAACAUCGAUCAGUUAAAAAGGGUGGCAUCGAGGUGGAUGAAAUCAAAGAAACAGAGACAGUUGUUGAAACCAAAGUGGAAAACAAACCCCAAUCACCUGAGCUGCUGAAGAUGCAGGAGAAAAAGAAAUUGAUCAAAGAGACAGGCUCUGGAGUUUCCUUUGUUCUUAUUACAACCCUUCUCGUUAUUCCAAUUGUUGUCCUGCUGGCUAUUGCUGUCUUUAUUUGGUGGAAGAAAACGAGGGCCUAUGGAGCUGAUUCUGAGCACAAACUUGAGUCAAGUUCAGGAAGAAUACUAGGAAGACUGAGAGGCAAAGGAAGUGGAGGUCUAAACCUUGGAAACUUUUUUGCAAAUCGCAAAGGUUACAGUCGAAAAGGGUUCGACCGACUUAGCACCGAGGGGAGUGACCAAGAAAAAGACGAUGAAGGCAGUGAAUCAGAAGAAGAAUACUCAGCACCUCUACCCCUACCAGCUCCUGUCUCUUCCUUAAACUAAGCCUUGGAUUUCUUUGUUGUACCAUUUUACCAAGAACACCAGAUUCCUUUCUCUUUCGCACGUUAAAAAUUUUGUGUGCUUAAUUGUAACUGCACUAGUCUGUGUGAGACUGUACACUUUUGGUUUCUUCUUUUGGGUUUAGUUUGCUUCCGUUUCAAGUAGAGGAGUGUUUUGAAAGAUUAUAGUAGUGCCAUUAUCCUUGUGUAAGCAUCUACAAAAGAGAAAGAGGGAAGUCCUCUUUUUCCAUCACAGUACUAUUUUAAAGGAUGUAGUGUUUGCUCAGUUACAAUUUGGAACUUUUCUCUAUGUGUAAAUGAUCCCAUUAUCUGCUUUCACACAGUAUUUUCCCAAUAGCUCUUCCAUUGCCAAUUUCUUUCUUUGGUGCCUUUCCUGUCCAGCGUUCCCAACCUAUGGCAGUACAGAAAAACUACAUGCUACAGGAAGAUAAAGCUGCUAAAUCGCCUUCUAUUUUUUUAAAAUCACUAACAUUAUAUUGCAAUGAGGGAAAGAAAAAAGUCUCUAUUUAAAAAAAGAGUUUUGUUUUGUUUUUAAUUUUCUUCAGUUGGUGUGUUUCUGGGAUGUCUUAUUUUUAGAUGGUUACACUGUUAGAAUGCUAUUUUCAGAAUCUGAAUGUAAUUUGUGUAAUAAAGUGUUCUCAGAGCAUUA